CCGAACAUCCGCUCCAGUCGGACUCAUUCCCGCUAAUACCACGGUGAGGUGCACAACUAUGAUUUUUCAGACUUUCUUCCGCUGGACCCUUUGUGUUGCACUAAUUUUGGCUUCAAAAAGCUUUGGCGAAAGAAGCUAUCUUGGGGAUGAAGAAAUUGAUGUACUGGAACCUAACGAUAUGGCAAAGAGAGAGAGGUCUGGGUUCAAGACAUUCAAACAAACUAAGAGAGAUAAGGAGAUCCUGCCCGAGAUUCGUUGCGGGCUUUACCCAAAAAUUGUACCGGUUCAAAAUGGAGAUGGAAACGUCCGAAAUGAUCCCCAGUUUGUAAUGGUCAAUCGCUGCCAAGGCGCGUGUGAUCAUGGUCUGGCCUGGCAGAACUGCACAGCGACCAAAUGGCGUUCAAUUGACGUCUUCGUGAUAAAUCCUCAUUCGAGAAACCCCACCCGCCCCGUGAUAGAGCACGAGGCGUGCGAAUGUCAAUGUCACGUGCGAUGUAAUGAUCAAAUUCACGAGCGUGACGUCAAUAAUUGCCGGUGUAACUGCAAAACAAGGUGUAACGUUGACGAAAAUCAGAUCCCAGACACAUGUAAAUGUGUUCCAAGAGCUGGGAAAAGAAAUGUGCUGUAUUAAACUCGUUGAAAACGCAAUUUUAGGUGUGAUAUAGAACUCGAGUAAAACUUUUGGAAUUUACUAUUAACGUUGAAAGAAACUUUUUUUUUUCUUUUUCACUUUUAUAGUUAGGUAAUUAUAGGAAAAAGUUGAAGUAAAUGUUAAAUAAAGCACAAAAAUGCAUGAUGUAAUGUA